UGCGAUUCAAAGCGUUUUCGACAUUCUCUCGGUACGGUCGUUGCUCUAAUCGGCGGAAAGCCAACAAACAAAAUACAAAAAGCAAUGUCGGAAGUACUGGUUAAACUUCAGGCCUUCAUCGGACUGAUCGGCCUCGCGGCUAUAACUCCACUACUCAUUUUGGCCGCUAUUCUCAGCCAGCUGAUCGGCAAACUCUGCUGCUGCUCAAAGUCAAAAAGUAUCGAGGGAGAAGUGGCCGUGGUUACUGGAGCUGGUCAUGGCUUGGGUCGUGCCAUUUCCUUGGAGCUGGCCAAGAAGGGUUGUCACAUUGCCGUGGUGGAUAUCAAUCUCUCUGGAGCCGAGAGCACUGUCAAGCAAAUUCAAGAAAGUUAUAGCGUUCGUGCCAAGGCGUACAAGGCUAAUGUAACCAAACACGACGAACUGGUUGAACUUAAUGCCAAGGUGGUUAAUGAUCUGGGCCCAGUGACUGUUCUAGUUAAUAAUGCAGGCGUCAUGUUGCACCGUAACUUAAUAAACCCGGACCCGGCCGAUGUCCAGCUCAUGCUCGACGUUAACCUUACGUCACAUUUCUGGACGAAAUUUGUUUUCCUGCCACCAAUGAAGGCGAUGCGCAAAGGUUUCAUAGUCACCAUCAGUUCUCUGGCAGGUGUCUUCCCCUUGCCCUACAGUACGGCUUACACAACCAGCAAGGCUGGAACCAUGGCUCACAUGAGAGCCCUGCGAAUGGAGUUGGCUCUGGAGAACCAGAAGGACAUCCAUGUGACCACCGUAUUGCCAUGUUUUCUGCGCACCAACGAUGAGAUAACGCAGCUGACACAUUCUAUGGCAAUCGAUGAUCUAUAUCCUUUGAUCAGCGGAGAGGAUGUGGCCAAGCGAGUGGUGGCCGGAAUGUUGCGUGGUGAGCAAGAGGUCACUCUUCCGGAUUUGGCAUCCGUUCUGUACCGCCUGAUAUUCCUGCUGCCCACCGAGUGGCAGGCACGAAUAAUUUUGAUGCUGAGUAGCAAACGAUUCAAGCAACUACGAGAUAUGCAAUCCUGAGGAAGAUGUGGUGGGCAGGUGAAUAAACAUAUAUAUAUAUAUUCCGGUUACGGAGAAAAAGGAAUAAAAAUGAGGAAACAUG